AUGUUACCGGGCCUUCCUGUUGAUGGUACGCAAUUAAAUGGUCCUUCCGAGGUAGAUGAAGAUGUAUGGCCUACAAUCGUAGGGGAAGUGCCACUUGAAAAUGCUUUACAUGGUUCCGCUGUAAAAUUGACAUGGCUUAAAGCCAUUUAUCAAGCAGAAGCAAAUAUACCAACAGAAGCUUCAACAGAAGAGUAUAAAAUGAGAUAUGCUCGAAUUUAUAUAAUGAUUCUCAUUGGGCAACUUUUGUUUCCCGACAAAAGCGGCAGCCACGUCCACCCAAAAUGGUCACAAUUCCUCUUUGAUUUUAAUCAGUGUGGCACAUAUAGUUGGGGUUCUGCUGUUUUGUGUAACUUGUACAGGGAGAUGUGCAAAGCUUGUGAAUUUAAAGUAAAAGAAAUAUCAGGAUGUCUUUUACUUCUUCAAGCUUGGGCAUUUACAUGCAUGCCUAUUAUUUCUCGUGUAUCUGCGUUCCCUCCAACAUAUCCUUAUGCUUCGAGAUAG